GAGCUCGUUGAUUUGUGUCUCAAAAGGUAAGCCUGUAAAUUUUGGUCUUAUAAUGAUUUGCUAAUGGUCGUUUAACUUUUAAAAAAAAUUGAAAGCCCAAGCAUUCAGGUUAAUUGCUAACAGCUACAAAAAGAAAAAGAUACACAAUUGACUCAGGACUAUUUGAGCCAGUGAAUAUUGACAUAUUUUGUCUCUUUAAUGUAUUUGAGGACAUACAUUUCAUGUAAAUGCAGAAUGUCAAUGUUUUUUCCUGUCAAUUUGGUUUCUUAUCCAGCAUGAACUGACUGUUGACUCUUCAGAACAGAUACCAGAUCAGACAGAUCAGAUCAGAGAUAAAAGGGCAUCACAAAAGACCGACAAAGCACCAGCAUAUUUUCCGACCGCAGCAAACAGCAAUUUGAAGAGAAAAUGAUUGAGCUGAGCUUCUUCUUCUGAUGUAGUUUUGAAGAAAGGUCCCACUUACAGAUACGUUAUGUUUGGAUAUAUCCAAUGAAAAAAAACAAGCAGUUUAUGAAGACUCUCUCAAGCAAGUUGCAAUGGCCCGUUCAAGAAACGUCUACACUGACCCUGACUCAGAUUAUUAUUUCAGGGAAAUAGUUGACAUAUAUAAAUCAAGCUCCACAACAGAGGCAGCUACUACCAUAAUUAAGGGUAAACUUGAGCAGCUCCAAAAUGUCACACUUAAUAUAGCAGUUACUGGAAUGGCAGGGGCAGGUAAAUCAACACUGGUUAAUGCCAUCAGGGGUAUACCGAACAAUGACCCUCGAGCAGCUCCAACAGGCGUGACAGAGACAACCAUGUCCCCUGUCAGGUACGACCACCCCACCAUGCCAAACGUCAAAAUAUGGGACCUCCCCGGUAUUGGAACCACCAACCACCAGGCAAAGAACUACAUCAAGCAGAAGAAAUUCGAGACGUAUGAUGUCUUCAUCAUCAUCACUUCUGAGAGAUUCAAAGAAAAUGACGUCUUGCUGGCUAAAGCCAUUCUUAAAAAGAAAAAACUUUACUAUUUUGUCAGGUCAAAGAUUGAUAAUGACAUUUAUGCAGAGCAGCAACUAAGUCGCCUCAAUGAAGCGCAAGUCCUUGCCAAUAUCAGAUGGGACUGUCAAAGAUACCUGAGAGAUUUAGGCAACCCAAAGGUCUUCCUGAUCUCUUCCUUCCAUUUGGAAAAGUAUGAUUUCCCAGAUUUGGUAACUACUCUGAGGGAAGAUCUUCCCGAGAAUAAGAGAUUGGCUCUCAUUCAGUCCCUGCCGGUGUACUCUAUAGGUGUUCUGAUUAUGAAAAGAAAGCAGUUCAGGAAAAUGAUUUGGCUAACGGCCUUUGGUGCAGGGGCAAUCGCACUGAACCCAGUUCCCGGUCUGUCGUUAGCGUGUGACUUUGGUAUUCUGUUGAGCUUUUUUGGCAAAGUCCACAAGGCUUUUGGCCUAGAUGACGAGUCUCUCCACAGGCUGUCUGUGCGAGUUAACAAACCAGUAUUGGAAUUCAAAUCAGCCAUGACAUCACAGUUUAGGGAUGGUGUGAAUCCUGGAGUGCUGACCAAAUUCCUCUCCACGCCUCUCGUCACCGCCUCUGCCACAGUGCAGUAUGUCAUGACUUUUUUUGUGGGCGUUGGUACCCUCGCAGCUGGAGGCAUCUCUGUUGCUACAGUGUAUCAUCUAUUGAACAAGGGAAUAAAAGAGAUGGAGGAGGAUGCCAAAGCAGUACUUACCGUAGCUCAUUUAGUUUGAAAGAACAUGUACCUCCUUUUACACACAUUUACGUUUACAUUUAUGCAUUUAGCAGAUGCUUUUAUCCGAAGUGACUUACAAAAUGAGCAAUAACAUUCAAGCUAUAAAUCAGAGCAGCCCUAGGGUAACAAUACAUGUUACUAUGCACAGGAGACCUACCUAUCAUUGAAAUGGCUACAAAGUGAGAACAAUCAAGCUUCUACUUCAGAAAAAUAGUAAAAAGCAUUAAGGAACUAGCAGAGUAUAAGGUAAUUCAAUGAAAUGGAAAGUUAUUCUCAAAUAAAGGUUUUAUUUAUGCUUUAGACACUGAAUUGAUGAGUUCAGAUUAGCAACGCUAAUUAACACUAUGGGCAUAGGGAACUGGUCUCAAAUGUGUAUGUUGCCAGAAGUGUUUCUGAAGUCAACUGAUAUGCAAAAGUACCUCAACUGACAGAAAGGGCAGGACUCAUUUUCUACUUGAUUGACAAUGUUAUUGUUUCAAUGGCGUCAGCCCUAUAUUUGCCUUAUUCACCCGGCGGCCAGAACGAGGCUACAGGGUACACUUGUCAUCACCCUUCAGUCUAGCAGAUGGGAGUAAUGCACUCCAUUUGCAAACUGCCAAAAAAAAGCUGGGUUAGCUGGCCUGCCAGAGUAACAUUCUUCUUCACUGAGACAUUCUUUUUGGCAGUUUGCAAAUGGAGUGCAUUACCACCAUCUGCUAGACUGAAGUGCGAUGGCAAGUGUAGCCUGUAGCCUCGUUCUGGCUGCCGGGUGAAUAAGGCGAAUUCCCAAUUCCCAUUUUCUCAAAAUUAAACCCUAUGUUCCCACAUUUCUACAUUUUCAAAAUUAGGGUUAGGUUAGGGUUGGAAAUGGUUAAGGUUAGGGUGGGAACAUAGAAAUGUGGGUGGGAACAUAGAAAUGUGGGAACAGGCAUGCUCCCAUUUCAACUAGUGAUAUCUUCACUUUGUAAA